CAGUGUGAGGGUGGGAGUAGGGAGGGAUGGUGGUGAGCUUGGGAGGUAUAGUAAACACGCAGUUUGUCUGCUGCGAGUGUGUGGUGUGGUUGAACCUAUUUUAUGUUAUCGACAAUUCACGUUCUAAAUAUGCUGCUCAGCCCUCUCCUCUACUUUAUAUGCUGUCCAGUAUAAAGCGCCCAUACUUCUUGUUACGUGGUGUUACAGCGCCUAUUUUAUGUAAUACAUGGCAGACUAUGCAGCGACCAUGGGGCCUCAGGAAGGGAUAAACAAUAUACUGAUAUUCAUUUGGACACGUUCAGGGUAUUGAGAAAUGGCGGAUCAAGGAUAUAUUAUGGAAGUUUGUGUGGAUUCAGUUGAGUCUGCGAUAAACGCUGAAAGAGGAGGUGCUGGUCGUAUUGAAUUGUGUGCCAGUUUGUUGGAAGGAGGAAUCACACCUUCUGUUGGCCUUUUGCAGGUAGUUAAGCAAUAUCUCCAGAUUCCAAUAUUUGUCAUGAUUCGACCAAGGGGUGGAGAUUUUCUUUAUUCUGAUCGUGAAGUGGAAGUGAUGAAGGCUGACAUCCGCUUGGCUAAAAUCCAUGGAGCGGACGGCCUUGUGUUUGGCGCUCUCACAGAAGAUGGACGGAUUGAUGCAGAACUGUGCAUGGAACUCCUUGCUGUAUCCCGUCCCCUUCCAGUUACUUUCCAUCGAGCUUUUGACAUGGUUUAUGACCCCUUGCUUGCCAUGGAGACUCUGAUUUCCUUGGGAUUUGAAAGGGUUCUUACUAGUGGCUGUGACACGUCUGCUUUGGAAGGUUUGCCUUUAAUAAAGAGACUUGUGGAACAAGCCAAAGGACGAAUCAUAGUAAUGCCAGGUGGCGGCAUUACUGAGCGAAACCUACAAAGGAUACUGGAGGGUGCCGCAGUACAGGAGUUCCAUUGCUCAGCUCGUUCCACAAAGGAUUCAACAAUGAAGUACAGGAACAACUCUGUGUGUAUGGGAGCUACCCUUUCUACCUCUGAAUAUUCAACCAAGGUUACAGAUGUGGCUAAAGUCAGAACAUUGAAUGCUAUGGCAAAGAACUUUCUGUGAGAAGGCAGACCCUGAUCAGAGUGGGUGAGAACUGUGCCAGCUCGGCAUGGAAGCACCUAAGAACAUUUCAAGUGACAGUUAUGGAAGCAUGUCAACUCAUACCUAGUUUUGGCUCUUCUGGCCUGAAGGUUGAAUGAGAGUAGAAAAUAAAGAAGCAACCAAGCAUGCUAGACAUUUUUUUUUUUUAAAUUCCCUUCCAACAACACAUCUUUGUGCUGUGCACAAUGUAAUGCUAAUGGAGACUGUGGUGUGUUCCUUUGUACAGCUGCUGAUUAUACCAUCUAGAGGACCACUGGAAGCACUGAUACAUAAUACAAUGCUGAUUAUUGUCGUACAUGGUAAUAGGUGCCUUCAGCUUUUUAUGUCUCAGUUCUGCCCAUGCUAGCAGGGAAAUGAAAUGACAGUCAUGUACAUGGCAAGAAAAUAUAGGAACAGUGGAAACUUUACAUUUCAGAAGAUAUAUAUGUUCACUGCUGUGUCUUACCUCACAUUUGCUAAAAGGUUUCCAGAUUCCAGGCAUGCUUCAGUAUGUCCAUAAAAAUUCCAGUUCUGAAUCUGGCACUGUAUGGCAAUGCUUUUCCUCUUUCUCCACAAAUAUGGAGGGGGAGGGUAUCCAGUCCAAAUGACUUCCAAGUUCAAUAAAAGAAAAUAAAGUUCA